CCAAGGCCGCGCACGGGCCCAUCGCUGUCCGCCUGGGUCCGCCGUCCGCGUUCAGUCGCGCGACGCUCCCAGCAGCAAGACGGCAAAAUAGAAUACGACAAAGGAAGCUAAAAAAAUUCUAUCUAAAAAAAUCAUGCUCAAAGUUUCGACUGUGUGGUGCACGUUGGGAAGAAGUUUUUCAAAAAGUAACAUUAUGAGCACAAACAAGAGGUUGAUAUUCCGCAAGCACUUUGUCGGAGAGCCGAAGACAUCCGACUUUGAGCUAGUCGAGGAAAAAGUCCAAGAAUUGAAAGAUGGAGAUGUGGAAUUCAAAGCGCUUUUUAUAAGCGUCGACCCAUAUAUGAGGCCAGUUUCGGUGAUAAAGGAAACCGGUGGGACCAUGUUUGGUGCGCAAGUUGCCAAGGUGGUGAAGAGCAGACAUCCAGGUUACAAGGCCGGCGAUAGCAUUGUAGGAUACCUCGGAUGGCAGACGAACGCCGUGGCGAACCCGGACAAGGUGGAAUCGCCAUUCGGUGGUUUUGAAAAGCCUCUUGUCCUGCCAGAUUUCAAAGGGCUGCCUUUAUCGCUCGCCCUUGGCGUUCUCGGUAUGCCAGGAAAUACUGCUUAUUUCGGCCUGAUGGAGCUCUGCAAGCCGAAAAGCGGUGAGACGGUCGUGAUAAGCGGCGCAGCAGGUGCAGUCGGAUCCUUGGUCGGGCAGAUCGCCAAGAACAUCGGCUGCAGGGUAGUCGGAUUUGUCGGAUCCCAGGAGAAGGUCGACUGGCUUGUUGGCGACCUUGGAUUCGAUGGCGCGAUCAACUACAAAAAGGAAGACAUCACCGUUUCACUCAGGGAAAAGGCGUCGAAUGGAGUCGACUGCUAUUUCGACAAUGUAGGCGGUACAAUGAGCAGCGUAGUAAUGAGCCAGAUGAAUCCAUUUGGUCGCAUAGCAGUCUGCGGUUCAAUAUCGGCAUACAACUCUGACCCAAACAACCUACCCAAAGCACCCUUGGUCCAAACUGAUGUCGUACUCAAGCAGCUCAAGAUGGAAGGAUUCCUUGUACAACGCUGGCUCGACAGAUGGAACGAGGGCAUCGAGAAAAACAUCGAAUGGGUCACACAGGGAAAGCUCAAGUACAGGGAAUUUGUGACGGAAGGCUUUGAAAAGCUGCCCGAAGCACUGGCGGCCACGCUGAGGGGCGACGGAUCUGGCAAAGCACUCGUGAAAGUCUAAACUGAACCCUUCAACCUGCAGAUCCUACAUAAACAUCCAACGUAUAUUACAAAUAAUAAAACAUAAAAAGAAAACUUUUUUA